CGGCAGUGAUGCUGGUUCCCCAGAGGUACACAGAGGACGGGUUUGAAGAGCACUUUGCUGUCAACUAUUUAGGACACUUCCUGCUGACCCAUCUUCUCCUGGACCCACUGAGGAGGACAGGGAACAGAGAUCACAAUAGUCGCAUUGUCAUUCUCUCCUCAGCCACGCAUUACAUCGGAGAGAUCAACCUGUCCGACUUGCAAAGCAGACGUGGUUACUCGUCCCACGGGGCCUAUGCCCAGAGCAAGCUUGCCCUGGUCCUCUUCUCCUACCAACUGCAGCAACGCCUAGCGGCUGACGGGAGCUACGUGACUUCCAACGUGGUGGACCCGGGGGUGGUCAGUACUGACCUCUACAAGCACACCACCUGGCUCUUCAAACUGUGCAAGUGGCUGACUUCCUGGUUGCUCUUCAAGACUCCGAGCCAGGGUGCCUCCACCGUGAUAUACGCCGCGCUCUCGCCCGACCUGGAAGGUUCCGGCGGUUUCUAUCUCAACAAUGGCCAGAAGGAAAAAUCGGCAGACGUUUCCUACGACGAAGACCUCCAGACUGAACUGUGGGCCCAGACCUGCAAACUGCUCGGGAUUCCAGAGUGGCCUGUCAACGCCUCUUGAAGAACAAAAGGCCUCUCCAUCCUCAAGGCCCUGUGGACUCGUCUUUCCUUCUUGAAAGGCAGGCAGCAAGAAUAACUAAUUCUUGAAGAAUAAUGAGGAUAAUGGAUAGGACGGGUUUGGAGGGAUAUGAGGCUAAAAGCGGGCGGGUGGGACUAGUGUAGAUGGGACAUGUUGGCCGGUGUGGGCAAGUUGGGCCGAAGGCCCUGUUUCCAUGCUGUAUCAUUCUAUAUGACUCUAUAAUCAAUCACAGGAAAAUUCGAGCUUAAAAUUAACAGAA